AUGUUCGACCUGACUCUCGGAAAACACCACUCGAAAUAUUAUAAGAGAAAACAGGCCUGGAGUGCUAAACUUGAGAAUGGAACCUAUAAAAAUAAAAAUGCCAAGCCGGCCUCAAAACGUCAAACCCCGGAGCUCAAACGGUGCCAGCAGAAGCUCGCCUUGCACAGUUUGUGGCUCUUCGUCUUUGGGCUCCCAGAAACACAGUCUGACUUCGACAAGAUGCCGCAGGGGACCCGAACACAGACUACAUAUGUUUACGGCGGGAAAGAAGCUUUUAGCUAUGGUAUCCUCGUUCCACCGUUGAAUCUUCUCUCUGCCACUCGCCGCCACUGCUCGAUCUCGUUGGCUAUGGGACGGUUGUCCGUGGUGCUAGGCAUAUCCGAGCCGCCAGUCACGCGGCACAUGGUCCACAAUGUCUAA